GGGUCCCGCCUCCGGCGCUCUCGAUUGGCUACUGGGCCGGGCUCCGGAGGCUGCAGCGAGUAUGGCCUCUCCCGGUUGCCCCUCUCCCUCGCCGGCGUUGCCCGAGCGGAACUUCGAGUACUGCGAGGUCCAGUACUGGGACCAGCGCUACCGAGGCGCGGCCGACUCCGCCCCCUACGAGUGGUUCGGGAACUUCUCCUCCUUCCGUGCCCUCCUGGAGCCGGAGCUGCGGCCCGAGGACCGUAUCCUGGUGCUAGGUUGCGGGAACAGUGCCUUGAGCUACGAGCUGUUCCUUGGAGGCUUUCCCAACGUGACCAGUGUGGAUUACUCAUCAGUAGUGGUGGCCGCCAUGCAGGCUCGCUAUGCCCACGUCCCCAGGCUGCGCUGGGAGACCAUGGAUGCGAGGGCACUGGGCUUCCCUGAUGACUCCUUUGACGUGGUACUUGAGAAGGGUACCCUGGAUGCCCUGCUGGCUGGGGAGCGGGACCCCUGGAUCGUGUCUUCUGAAGGUGUCCACACUGUGGACCAGGUGCUGAGUGAGGUGGGAUUCCGGAAGGGGACAGCACAACUCUUGGGCUGGCACACACAGCUGGAGCUGGCGUUGGUGGGCGUCUCUCUACUGCUGGGGGCGCUGCUUCUGGGCUGCCUGGUGGCCCUGGGGGUCCAGUACCACAGAGACCCAUCCCACAGCACGUGUAUCACGGAAGCCUGCAUUCGAGUGGCUGGAAAAAUCCUGGAGUCCCUGGACCGAGGGGUGAGCCCCUGUGAGGACUUUUAUCAGUUCUCCUGUGGAGGCUGGAUUCGGAGGAACCCCCUGCCUGAUGGGCACUCUCGCUGGAACACUUUCAACAGCCUGUGGGACCAGAACCAGGCCAUACUGAAGCACCUGCUCGAGAACACCACCUUCAACUCCAGCAGUGAGGCAGAGCGGAAGACACAGCGCUUUUACCUGUCCUGCCUGCAGGUGGAGCGCAUUGAGGAGCUGGGCGCCCAGCCCCUGCGGGACCUCAUUGACAAGAUUGGUGGUUGGAACAUUACCGGUCCCUGGGACAGGGACAACUUCAUGGAGGUGCUGAAGGCAGUGGCUGGGACCUACAGAGCCAACCCCUUCUUUGCAGUCUACAUCAGCACCGACUCUAAGAGUUCCAACAGCAACAUCAUCCAGGUGGACCAGUCUGGGCUCUUCCUGCCCUCUCGAGAUUACUACUUAAACACAACAGCCAAUGAGAAAGUGCUCACUGCCUACCUGGAUUACAUGGAGGAGCUGGGGCUGCUGCUGGGUGGACGGCUGGCCUCCACCCGGGAGCAAAUGCGGCAGGUGCUGGAGCUGGAGACACUGCUGGCCAACAUCACGGUGCCCCAGGACCAACGACGAGAUGAGGAGAAGAUCUAUCACAAGAUGAGCAUCUCAGAGCUGCAGGCUCUGGCACCCGCCGUGGACUGGCUCGAGUUCCUGUCUUUCUUGCUGUCGCCCUUGGAGCUGAGUGACUCUGAGCCAGUAGUUGUGUAUGGCACGAAUUAUUUGCAGCAGGUAUCAGACCUCAUCAACCACACGGAACCAAGUGUCCUGAACAAUUACCUGAUCUGGAACCUGGUGCAGAAAACAACCGCAAGCCUGGACCGGCGCUUUGAGUCUGCACAAGAGAAGCUACUGGAGACCCUCUACGGCACCAAGAAGUCCUGCACGCCGCGGUGGCAGACCUGUAUCUCCAACACGGAUGAUGCCCUGGGUUUUGCUCUCGGGUCGCUCUUUGUGAAAGCCACAUUUGACCGACAAAGCAAGGAAAUAGCGGAGGGGAUGAUCAGCGAAAUCCGCUCUGCUUUUGAAGAGGCUCUGGACCAGCUGGUUUGGAUGGACGAGAAGACCCGGCAGGCAGCCAAGGAGAAAGCAGACACCAUCUACGACAUGAUUGGCUUCCCCGACUUCAUCCUGGAGCCUAAGGAGCUGGAUGAUGUUUAUGACGGGUAUGAAGUCUCCGAAGAUUCUUUCUUCCAGAACAUGUUGAAUUUGUACAACUUCUCUGCUAAGGUGAUGGCUGACCAGCUCCACAAGCCUCCCAGCCGAGACCAGUGGAGCAUGACCCCCCAGACGGUGAAUGCCUACUACCUUCCAACCAAGAAUGAAAUUGUCUUCCCUGCCGGCAUCCUGCAGGCCCCCUUCUAUGCCCGCAACCACCCCAAGGCCCUGAACUUUGGUGGCAUUGGUGUGGUCAUGGGCCACGAGUUGACACAUGCCUUUGAUGACCAAGGGCGUGAGUAUGACAAGGAAGGGAACUUAAGGCCCUGGUGGCAGAAUGAGUCGCUGGCAGCCUUCCAGAAUCACACGGCCUGCAUGGAAGAGCAGUACAACCAGUACCAGGUCAAUGGGGAGAGGCUCAAUGGCCGCCAGACCCUGGGGGAGAACAUCGCCGACAAUGGGGGGCUGAAGGCUGCCUACAACGCAUACAAAGCGUGGUUGAGGAAGCAUGGGGAGGAGCAGCAGCUGCCAGCUGUGGGCCUCACCAACCACCAGCUGUUCUUUGUGGGAUUUGCCCAGGUGUGGUGCUCAGUCCGCACACCAGAGAGCUCUCACGAGGGGCUGGUGACCGACCCCCACAGCCCUGCCCGCUUCCGAGUGGUGGGCACUCUCUCCAACUCCCGAGACUUCCUGCAGCACUUUGGCUGCCCUGUCGGCUCCCCCAUGAACUCAGGGCAGCUGUGUGAGGUGUGGUAGACCUCGGGGUGCAGGGGGGAUGGCCGGCUGUCGCCAGGGCCUGGGGUGCCUGGGUUAGGGGAAAGCAAACUCCAGCUGGGCUGGGUCCAGUCUCCCCCACCGCCACAUUGUGCCUCUGCUUUGGGGGUACCCCUGCCUCCAGCAGAGCACCCACCGUUCACUGUGACAUCCUUCUGUGUCAUCUAGCCUGGAGGAGGUCUGGGUGGGGAGGCCACUUCCCACAGGAAGGAGUCUUGUCUCUUUUGGCCCCAACUCAGUGAACUUGGGGGCCAUGGGGCCCCGCUGUGUCCACUCUGCUCUGAGCACGCAGGGCUGGGUCUUGCCUCCCUGGCUCCUCCCACUCGCUCAGUACCCACAUGGGAGUGGGCUCAGCUCCCAUCAGCCCCAUGACCUUGUGCUGCCACCACGCACUGCUGCCCGCCCUCACACACAGACCCAUGAUGCAGCUCAGUGGAAGCCAUAGCUUUCCUGCUGGUCCCUGGGCUGAGAGGGGAAGCGGGUAUGUGUAGCGCUGUUGGUUCCUCUUUCAGGGCAUGAGUCUCAGGGGUGACUGAUCCUCCCUGGACCAAGCAGAUGGAGCAGGGAGAGGGAAGGACAGAGUUUAUUUUUACAGGGAAGAGGGUGGGGAGUGUGUGGUCUUGGCCAUGUGGGACCCUAUGCCAAUAAAUAGACCCGCAUCAGUCAGCCUGUCU